AUGAAGUUCGCCCACGAGUUCCAGGCUACCUUGCUCGCCGAGGGGUUCCCUGAGCACUGGGUCGCAUCCGCCGUCCAUUACCGUCAACUCAAAAAGGUCAUCAAAAGGGUCGCCGAUGAGUUGCGUAGUCUGGGACUCGAUUCCGCCACGCUUGCUCGAUUGCUCCCACCAGAAACCACCGCCACUGAUUUGCAUGGCCGUAGAGGCGGUGGUGUGGCCUCCUUUCAAUAUGAAUUCAACGGCAAUAAGACCGAGUUCCAUCCCAGACUUACUAUAUUCAUCGAGAACGGACUUCCCGUGGAUGCUUCGCUAUCCCCUGACACAAAAAGUCAUCUCCAAAACCUAGUCCUACAGCAGGGACGAACGGUACCCAGUUCGCUGGGAGUUAUUAAUGAUUCGUCGGUUCAGGAAUAUGAACAAAUUUCGGAAAGCGUCCUCGACACCAGCGCCAAAGAAUCUGGCAUUCAGCAAAUUGAAGUUCCUCUGAAAUUCGAUUCCCAAUUUUUCAACACCAUCCAGCAGGAAGUUUCUGUUUUAGAAGCCCUUCAGUCAGGAGAGCAAGGCGUUUUGACCAAUGAGAUAGCUGCACUUUCACAGGAGGUCACGACCUUGUCGAAGCCAUCGAGAUUCAGCAAAAGCGACAUGAAUAGAUGGAGGGAGCUGUUUGCAAUCUAUUUAGAUGCCAAUAUCUUCUUUUCGACCCACGAACUAGACCACGGCCGUAGGGAUAGCGCGACGGCAACGAAACAGCUCCAAUGGUUCCAGAGCGAGGUUGUACGAAAAGGGUUGCAGAAUACCUUCAAACUCCCAGCUAGCCACGAAGCCUUUAAACGAUUCGUCCAUAUCAACAAACAGCUUCUUUUGAAUAUUAAAUUCCAGGAAAUAAAUCAGAGAGCUAUUUACAAGAUACUGAAGAAAUUUGACAAGCGAACGCAGCUGCAUGCGUCUAAGGCGUUACCAAGUACGAUACAGCCGGGCUCAGUGAUGCCAGAGGCUAUGGCAAAGGCUGUCUGUUCGCAGCUGUCACAAGAUCUAGUUUCGGUAGUUCCACAAUUCGACGACUUUGCAUGCCCGCUUUGUUGCGAAAUUAAUUGGCGGCCCGUCAAACUUGUGUGCGGACACCUAAUUUGCAUUAGUUGCGCUGUCAACAUGCAACAGCUAAGAGACAGACAAUGCCCGUUUUGUCGACGGAAAGGUAUCAUGACUCUUGAUGAAGGCAACAUUGAUAUCAAGCUUGAGAAUUACCUAGAGAAACAUUUUCCUAAAGAGGUAAGAGUGAAGCGGAUUAAAGUGGAAACGGAAAGGGGCAAACAGCAGUAA